ACCCUGAAAGGACUGCCCGAGUGGAGACACUCGAGAGGUCUUUGCGUUCCCCUCCUCCACCGAGCCAGUCAGUGCGCAGCGUGAUCCCUCAGCGGUUGCAGGGCGCUUAACACCUGGUUGAUUGACGGACCAAGGGAGGUCCAGCCCCUCACUAACGAUGGCACGGUUCCAGAUCGUCUCAGAUCUGCACCUAGAAAACCCUGUCGCAUACGAUCUGUUCGAGAUUUCGCCCAAAGCACCCUAUCUAGCGCUCCUAGGCGAUAUCGGCAACGUCAGGGACGAUGGCUUCCUCCCGUUCAUCGAAGACCAGCUGCGCAAAUUCGAGGUCGUCUUCCUCGUGCUGGGAAAUCACGAGCCUUUCCAUUCCAGCUGGCCGGAGGUGAGAGAGAAACUGAGGCAAUUCUCUGACGACAUUAGCCACAAACGAGCGCAACACACUCAACCCGGAUCUCCCAAGCUAGGGGAGUUCGUCCUUCUCGACCAAACACGAUAUGAUCUGGCCCCGGACGUCACCGUCCUAGGGUGUACAUUUCACACCAAGAUCUGCGAGAUGCAGGAGGAGCGGGUUAGCUUCGGUCUGAAUGACUUUUACUACAUCAAGGACUGGUCGGUCGAGGACCACCGCGCUGUCCACGAAGCCGAUCGUGCCUGGCUCAACGAUCAAGUCUCCGAAAUCGCCAAAUCUGAUCCGCACCACAAGAUCGUAAUCUUCAGCCAUCACAGCCCGACGGUUGCACCAUCAGCGGUUGAUCCCGUCCAUGCUAAGAGCCCCAUCUCGUCGGCGUUCGCAACGGACCUUACUGGUGAACCGUGUUGGGAAAAACCCCAGGUGCGGCUGUGGGCAUUCGGGCAUACGCAUUACAACUGCGACUUUACGGACAACCGAACCGGGAAACGCAUUGUGGCGAACCAGCGAGGCUAUUACUUCUCUCAGGCAAAGUUCUUCCAUUUCAUAAUGGCGUCCAUCACCCGUGCGUUGCGGCCCUUGUCGCGCACUGCAACCUCCGCCCGCCUUAUCGCAAGACCGCCACAGCCGUAUAGGCUUGCCUUGAGCAGCACCCAUGCCUUCUCCACCACAUCCCGCCGGCGGGAUGUCGACCUGUCCGGCCUGACCCCAACCCCGAUCACCUUUCUCUCCGAGACCGAGUCCCUGAUGGCCGAGUCGGUUUCCAAAUUCGCGCAGGACCAAAUUGCCCCCAAAGUGCGAGAUAUGGAUGAAGCGGAGACAAUGGACCCAGCAGUGGUCGAGCACUUAUUCGAACAAGGGUUGAUGAGCAUCGAAAUUCCGGAGGAGUACGGCGGUGCGGGAAUGAACUUCACGGCUGCGAUUGUCGCCAUCGAGGAGCUGGCUCGCGUUGACCCCAGCGUCAGUGUUCUCGUUGAUGUCCACAACACCCUGGUCAACACUGCUAUCAUGAAGUACGGUGACGCGCAGGCCAGACGCACAUGGCUGCCCAAGCUGGCGACGGGUACCGUCGGCUCAUUCUGUCUGUCGGAGCCGGCCUCCGGAUCGGAUGCGUUUGCCUUGCAGACUAAGGCUGAGAAGACGGCUGAUGGAUACAAGAUCAACGGUUCCAAGAUGUGGAUCACCAACUCUAUGGAGGCCGGUGUGUUCAUUGUCUUUGCGAACCUUGACCCCAGCCAGGGUUACCGUGGUAUCACAGCCUUUAUUUUCGAGAAGGAUACUCCCGGCUUUUCCAUCGCCAAAAAGGAAAAGAAGCUGGGUAUCCGGGCCAGCAGCACCUGCGUGCUUAACUUCGACGACGUCGUGAUCCCCAAGAGCAACUUGCUCGGUGAAGAAGGUCAGGGAUACAAGUACGCCAUCAGCGUGCUCAACGAGGGCCGGAUCGGUAUCGCCGCUCAGAUGACUGGUCUGGCUCUUGGUGCUUGGGAGAACGCCGCACGGUAUGUCUGGAACGACCGCCGCCAAUUCGGCCAACUGAUCGGCAACUUCCAAGGCAUGCAGCACCAGAUCGCGCAGGCAUACACGGAGAUCGCAGCCGCACGAGCGCUGGUCUACAACGCGGCGCGCAAGAAGGAAGCCGGACAAGACUUCGUGCAAGACGCUGCCAUGGCGAAGCUGUAUGCCUCGCAAGUUGCCGGCCGCGUGUCCGGCUCUGCAGUGGAGUGGAUGGGAGGCAUGGGCUUCGUGCGUGAAGGCAUCGCCGAGAAGAUGUUCCGGGAUAGUAAGAUCGGAGCCAUCUACGAAGGCACCAGCAACAUCCAGCUGCAAACCAUCGCCAAGCUGCUCCAGAAGCAGUACACUCACUAAAUCUGAAACCUCAUCACUCUCCCCCACUUCCUUCUCCAUCUUCUUUCCGCCGUUCCAUAGAAUGUCCGUGUCGUAGACGUCGUAUGCAUGUAUGUAUCUUAUUGAUCAAUGUGGGGAAGAUGGGAUGGGAUAGAUAUGCGUCGGCUUCAACCGACAGUACUAAACGAACGAUCACCUCGUGUUUCAAGUUUCAUAGCCUAUACU